UGUGUCACCAUGUCCUCGCUGUGCCCACUGCUGCUGGUCCUCGCCCUGGUGGCCGUCCCCCGUGUGCGAGGCGCCUGCCCCGCGCCUGCGGACCUCAAGAACGCCGACGGGACCAAGACGUGCGCCAAGCUCCAUGACAAGAGCGACCCUUACUACGAGAACUGCUGCGCAGGCGCCGAGCUGGCCAUAAAGCCAGACACCGACCUCCCCUUCCUGCCUUCUGACUGGAGGAACGUCAUCUCCUCGCUCGUGGUGGCCCCACGCUGCGAGCUCACCGUGUGGUCCCGCAGCGGCAAGAACGGCAAGACUCGCAAGUUCUCCGCCGGCGCCUACCCGCGCCUGGAGGAGUACCGCCGGGGCAUCUUCGGCCACUGGUCCAACGCCAUCUCCGCCGUCUACUGCAGGUGUUCCUGAUGCCUGAGCAGAUCCUCAUCUCCAGCCCCCACAGGGUGCUGAGCCCCUCACCUGGACUUGGUCCUGGGGCCUGCUGAUGGUCCCAGCCCCACAUGGAGAGAGCUUCCCGCCUGCUCCCUGACCCUGCCUUCCCCGCAAUA